GGGACCUGUUUUUUCUCUGUACCGGAAGUGAACUCCGUCUUUUCCGUUUAUAACCGGGAGCAGUUGAGCACGCGUACGGCGCGCUGUUGUUUUCCUACGGCAGAUUUAAAUAUAAUUUCUGUUAUAUUCUGUCGAUACAAAACCGGAGAUAAUGAGACCGAUUCUGCUCCAGGGCCACGAGAGGUCCAUCACCCAGAUCAAAUACAACAGGGAAGGAGAUCUCUUGUUCUCAGUAGCCAAGGAUCCAAUUGCGAAUGUGUGGUACUCGGUCAAUGGAGAAAGGCUUGGCACUUACAAUGGACACACGGGGGCCGUCUGGUGUGUGGAUGUCGACUGGGACACCAAGAACGUAUUGACGGGAUCUGCUGAUAACAGCUGCAGGCUCUGGGACUGCGAGACAGGAAAGCAGCUGGCUCUGCUGGAGACGAACUCGGCGGUGAGGACGUGUGGCUUUGACUUCAGUGGGAACAUCAUCAUGUUCUCCACAGACAAGCAGAUGGGCUACCAGUGCUUUCUCAACUAUUUUGACCUGCGAGACCCCCAACAGAUCGAGGACAACCAGCCGUAUCUGUCUGUGCCCUGCAACGAGUCAAAGAUCACCAGCGCUGUGUGGGGUCCACUGGGAGAGUUUGUGAUUGCCGGACAUGAGAAUGGAGAAAUUAACCAGUUCAGUGCUAAGUCAGGGGAGAUUUUGAAGACGGCAAAGGAGCACACCAAACAGAUCAAUGACAUCCAGUCGUCUGUGGACCUCACCAUGCUCAUCAGUGCCUCCAAGGACUGUACAGCCAAGAUGUUCGACUCCACAAGCCUCGAGCACAUCAAAACCUUCAAGACGGAGCGACCAGUUAACUCCGCCGCCAUCUCGCCCAUCAUGGACCAUGUGGUGAUGGGAGGUGGUCAGGAGGCCAUGGAAGUCACAACCACCUCUACAAGGAUCGGUAAAUUCGAGGCCAGGUUCUUCCAUGCAGCUUAUGAAGAGGAGUUUGGCCGCGUGAAGGGACACUUCGGCCCCAUUAACUGCGUGGCCUUCCACCCUGAUGGGAAAAGUUACAGCAGUGGAGGAGAGGAUGGUUACACCCGAAUUCAUUACUUUGAUCCCCAGUAUUUUGAUUUUGAGCUCGAGGCGUAAUAACCAGGACAGUUCAUCAUCUGAACACAAUAGUAACACCUGAUCCACUUCACAAGGCUGAACAUGGAGGUUGUGUUAUGCAGUGAUCUUCAUUCAAAUAUUGCAUUUAAACUGAUUUCUAAUGAAUGGAACAUUAUGAAUAAACUGGGUUUGAGAUUAAGA